AUCCUUCAUAACCAUUUACUCAUACAUAACUGCAGAAAAUGGCCACAGUCACAGGUAAAUGGACACUCGUCCACAAAACCCAAUCUCUCCAACGAUCCUCCCAAACUCUCUCCACACUCAACAACCGCGCCCUGAUUUUCGGCGGCGAACUCAUCCCCCGCCAACCCCGCGAUAACGACGUCUACAUCCUGAACCUCUCACCAUCUUGCAAACAACCAGGAUACAAAGCUUCCUUGCAGAGCUAUCGAGACGGCCCCUCGACAAUCCCUGAAUAUGCAGGUGACAUACCCUCUGCACGCGUCGGCACAGCCAGCACUGUUGUCGACGGUAAGAUCUAUUACUUCUCAGGAAGAGGAGGCGUAGACAUGGCUCCAGUUGAUGAGAAUGGUCAACUCUGGCAAUUCUGCUUUUCCGACGCUCAUGGCGUGGGUUGGCAUCUCAUCGCCCCAGCCGAUGCUUCCCAACCGGUGCCAGAGCCUAGGAGUUAUCACUGCAUGACAUCAGAUGGCACAGCAAACCUCUACAUCCACGCGGGCUGUCCAACCUCAGGCCGCCUCUCGGAUCUCUGGUCCUUUAACGUCAACGACAGGCAAUGGACGCAAUUGGCUUCAGCACCGAGUGCACCUCGCGGCGGCACAUCCAUGACCUACCACGCUGGAAAGCUCUACCGUAUGGGCGGGUUCGAUGGCAAACACGAGAUAGGAGGUGAGAUCGACAUCUACGACAUCGCAUCCGACACUUGGUUAACCCAUACCUUCACAUCCGAUGGUGUCAACGGCCCAGGCGCAAGAAGCGUAGCCACCCUUCUCGCCAUGACUAUUGAUGGUAAGGCUUCACUCAUAACCGCGUUUGGAGAAAGCGAUCCUAGUGUUCUAGGCCACGCAGGAGCUGGAAACAUGUUACCAGAUUCUUGGGUAUGCGAUAUCGAGACAAAGGCGUGGAGAAGAGUCGAGGUAGAGGAGGGAGAGAAAGUGCCCAGUUCUAGGGGUUGGUUCGCUGCCGAUGUUGUGACAUUUGAGGACAAGCAAGGGAUAAUUGUUCAGGGCGGUUUAGCGGAGGACAAUGAGCGCUUGGAUGAUGCAUGGGUGCUGAGUUUUUGAGUAGUGUGAUCUCACGACGUGAUGUAUCUUAUAGCAGUGA